AUGCGCCGCACGCUGCUGCUGUGCUUUGUGCACGGCUUCAAGGGCGGCGCCGACACGUUUGGCGCCCGCUCGCAGUUCUCCCAUGACCUGCGCAAGCGCGUUGCCCAGGCCCUGCCCAACGUGGACGUCCGCGUCGCCGUCUACCCGACCUACGAGACCCGCGGCGACCUCGCGGCCUGCGUCGCUCGCUUUUCGGAGUGGCUGCUCGAACAAGUGAUCGACAUCGAGGUGGCGGCGCGCACGCCGUCGCCGACCGUCGACCCGUCGGUGCACUGCAUAUUGAUUGGGCACUCGAUGGGCGGGAUUGUGGCGGCGGAUGCGCUGCUGGGGCUGGCGGGCGACAAGCGGGUCGGCGACGAGGAGGAGAAGCUGGGGGACGAGCUGAAUGCCAUGAUGUUUCCGUACGUGCACGGCGUGCUGGGGUUCGACACGCCGUACCUGGGGAUCGCGCCGGGCGUGGUGGCCCACGGCGCCGAAGGCCAGUAUGCGGCCGCGACGGCCGCGCUGACGCAGAUUACGGGUCUGACGGAUGCGCUGUGGGGCAGCAAGAAGAGCGACGGCGACACGCAGCCGGCGCGCUCGGCACGGGCCCUGCCGUCGUCGUCGUCGCCCUCGAGCAAUGCAUCCAAGACGAGCAAGACAGAGGCCGCGGCUGUCGGAGGGGCCGCGGCUGCCGCCGGCGCAGCGUCAUCCUCGUGGGGCUGGGGCAAGAUUGCCAUGUACGCCGGUGCCGGUGCGAUCGCCAGCGGUGCGGCGGCCGCCGCCGCCACGGCCGCCUACAAGCGGCGGGAUCAGCUGACCGAGGGCUGGACGUGGGCCACGUCGCACCUCGAGUUUGUCAACUGCCUCGCACGAGGCGAAGUGCUGCGGGCGCGCAUGGCGCGCAUGACAGAGGCGAACCGGCAACUGGGCGUCGGGUUCGGCAACCUGUAUACGCAGUUGGGCAGGGCAGCACAAGAGGCCCAGCGAAAAGCGACGAGUCCCAGCAACAACGGCGAAAGCGGACGGAGCUCGCCGUUGCGCGGGCUGCUGCCCGCGGGCGAGCGAACGUUUUGCAACCUGCCGUCAGGACAGACCCCAGCAGGGAUCUGGCGGCCGGCCCUCAACGACGCGGCGACGGACGAGACAUGGGCGCAUAUGAGCAUGUUCGACCCGCCACAGAAUCCCAACUACAACACGCUGCUCCGUGACGCGAGUGACUUGAUUGUGCAGUGGACCGAGGGUACCGCAUGGUAUGCCGGCAGCCACGUUACGACGGCGGCGGCGGUAUCAUAG